AUGGACCGUGGGGAGUAUACCUGGGGCGAUCUGGUGGUCGGGCGAGUGAGGGCGCUCAAGAUACCACUGAUUGCCACCGGAAGCUGGCUGAUAGAUAAUUAUGAGCUGAACAUGCCUGUCAAUUACUCUUUGGACCAUCUUUUAGAUGACGUGGCCUCCAUUGGAGCAACCCUCCCAUUCCCCCCGGCACCGGCUACAAUCAAUUACGCGUUCACGACCCUGAUCUCAUUCUACACAAACAAGAUGCGCAAACAGGGUGCAGAGGACGCAUUUUUCAACGCCAAGAUACAUCACUAUAAGCUCGCUCGGAGGGAUGCCCUGCCUGCGCCUUUCCCUCUCAGGGCCUCCCUGACUUCAGUGUUCACUAUCACUUCUGCCGCCCUCAAUCCAAAGUCCCCCAAGUCACGCGCCCUGCCGUACUUCCACGGGAUACUGGCACACAUCCACAGCGGCCUCAAAGCGGUGGUGCACGCCACCAUGAAUUCGUCAGUGGUUGCCUGGCCUCAUGACCGCACUCAUCCCGUCCACUGGCCACAGCUCAUCAAUGUACUCCUGCCACCGUUCAAGGUGCAGGGUCUGGACACCAACCUCGCUGUACCACUGUCAGCGGUGAGAUGGUCCGAUGUAUUUCCCGAGAACAAACUCAUCGGCGGCACUCAGUUCAUGGAAGCACUCCUGUCAGGCAACAAUCAGCGGAGGACCGCGAUUGUUAUAUUCCACGGCGGGUGUGAUCCCCUCCUGUCCCCCGUGGCGUGGGUCCAGAAGACCAAGAACCUGAACGCGGCAUCCACUCUGGCAUAUGCAUUCCGAGGAGACGAGGCCUACAGAGAGGGCUACAACAUGGCAACUUACGGUCGUCACCACCUGGACUACCUGGUAUCGGUGACCAUCGGGACACUGCACAAGUACGAACAAUGGUGCCGUGCCAAUAACCAAAGCAUUCAAGUCUUGCCCGGCAUAGCCGUCAUGGUCAACGAGGUGCGCCUGUCCCCAGACAAUGCGGAGCGCCUACACGAGAUGCUUGUUCGCUCACUUGUGUACCAGGGCAAGGGGGCUAGUGUGUAUGAGGGGAAGGCAAGGGUGGUCAGGGAGGCUCUUCCAAAUGCGUACGGAGGCUACUGA